AUGGAUGGAACAUUCAAAAGCUGCAGUAAGUAAUUUAGUUAAAUAUAUACCGUUCAUAUCGAUAUUGGUAGUCGUCAGAGGAGACAAAUACAAUUCCAUUGAUAUUUGCGUUACUUUCUAACAAAACCAAAGAGACAUAAGAUAUGUUAUUUGCAUCAAUGAAAGAGAAACUACCAAAUUGGAAACCGUCUUUAAUUAAACUGGAUUUUGAACAGGCAGUGAUUGGUGCCUUAGAAAAUAAUUUUCCCGAAGCAAAAAUUUCUGGUUGUAAUUUUCAUUUCAAGCAAUGUAUAUGGAAAAAUGUUGGACUUGUUUCUGAAUACACUGACAACGAAAAGAUACGUUUGCACAUAAGAAUGUGAGCUGCGUUAGCGUAUUUACCCAUAGAAGAUAUCGAUGUUAGCUGGUUAUGAUUUCAAGAAACCUCUCCUAUUUCUAAAAAAAAUGGAACAGUUUUAUGACUACUUUGUCAAACAAUGAUAUGUGAAAUUGCCAUGACCAAAGACAUGGCAGUAAUAACGUUUUAG